UGGGCUUGUUCGUUCCACGUCUUGCAUCGCCACGCCAAGUCCGAAUCGAAUGUGGAGUCAUCAUACUUGCACCACUGUCUUAUUGUUUUAGUUUACGCGAUACAACAUGAAAAUCUCUUUGUCGUUGGUUGCGGUUGUGGUUGGGUCGAUUGGUGCGGUUGCGUCACCGGUGUCUCCGUCUUCACCGUUAGCGAUAAGAGCGCCGCCGCCUCCCCCAGGACCACCUGGACCACCACCGGGGCCAGGUGGACCAGGUAUGGGACCAGGCAUGGUUGGAAAAUGUCCAACGGACUGCUGGAACCAAGCUGCAGCAGAUUCAAGUUGCGAUCCGAACGCAGACGACGACUGUCUAUGCGGACCUUUCUUCGACGACGUCGCCUCCUGCACAUCGUCAUUCUGCAAUAUUGGCGAGAACUUGGCGGCGCUUGACUUUAUGGAACAAGCUUGCAAUUGAAAACAACCAGAUCAAUGACAAAUGAGAGCGACAGAGACGAUCAGAUCCGACAGGCGAUUACGCUAAGCAGUUGAGAGCGUAGAGAGCGUUUAUACCCCACUUGUACUAUGUAAAUGAUAUUCUUCUUCACCUGAC